UAUUUCAUUACAAAUAGCUAUAGAUUUAUAUCUUGCAUGUUCAAAAAUGCGCUGAGAGAAUGGGUCAUUUUGCUACAGAUUUAUAUCUUGCAUAUUCAAAAAUGUGCUGACAGAAUGGGUCAUUUUUGUGUAUGCUAUCCAUUAGUACUCAGAACAAAGUUAGCAUUUGGGAAUGUCAGAAGAGCUCCACUGUAUUUUAAUCUAAACGUUAUUAAAAACCCUGCUGUAUCCAUCUGCACAGGAAUUUCAGCGUACAAAAAACUUGAGACAAAUAACGCUUCCAACAAUUUACAGUUAUUUGACUCACUGAACACCGAACAGAAGUGCCAAGUUUCGCUCUUUGUGGACACGCUUCUUGAAUGGAAUCAGCGAAUGAACCUUACUGCAGUUACUGAGCGCUGUGCUGUGAUGGAGAGGCAUGUGGAGGACUCACUUACAUUGCUUCCAAUUAUUGAAAAUGCAUAUAGCAAACAUUGCUCUGCAAUUGAAACUCCCAAGUUCAAGGUGGUUGAUGUAGGGAGUGGAGCUGGACUUCCUGGGGUUAUUCUUGCUAUUGCACGUCCAGAUUGGCAGGUCACUCUUAUAGAACCUCGCCAGAAACGGUGUUGCUUUAUGGAGAAUUUUGUGGAACUCUCUAGCAUCUCUAACAUUCAAAUUGUUCGUAUUAGGGCAGAGGAUGCUGGUCAAAACCCAGAGUUUAGAGAGAUGUAUGAUGUUGCAGUGGCAAGAGCUGUGGCAGAAAUGAGGGUUCUAGCCGAGUAUUGCCUGCCAUUGAUUCGUGUUGGGGGUCUAUUUGUUGCUGCUAAAGGUUAUGAACCUCAGGAAGAGGUUAAGAAUGCAAAGAAAGCAAUAGGGUUGCUGGGGGCUUUCAUAUUGCAGCUGUGUUCAGUGGCAUCAGAAGGUCCAUAUGGACAACGAACAGCAGUUCUGUGCUUGAAGGAUCGACCAACCCCUGCUAAGUAUCCUCGCCAUCUUGGAUUGCCAGCAAAGCUACCACUGUAGGCAUACCAAAAAAAUAUGGAAUUCUGAUACAUUUUUUAACUUUCUAAGGAAAACAUCAGAGAAUUUAUAUUACGACAAGGUAACUUGCCAGGUAAUUACAUUUAUAUAUCUAAUUUUGUCAUAGAAAGAUAGAUGAUAAAUUGGUCACUUCAGUUCAGCAUUAGACACAUUUUCUCAUGUAACAUACAUGCAGGAUGAACUGGAAUAGCAAAUCAUAGAAAAUCCUUAAGAGUAUAGGAUCCAAGGCUAGUACUAACAGUAAAGUUGAAAGACGAGAAGUUAGACUAUUUAGUAUUACCCUGUAAGGAUUACAUUGCCAAAAAUAGAUACUGUAAGCGGCUUUAUAGCCCACCAGUUUAUAGUGCAUUUCAAGGCACUGAAUGUUUUCUAGUUGAUACUCCACCUGUUACAAGCACCUUCGAUGAGGAAGUAUCUCCAUCACCUUUUUUGGGGGAGCUGAUACAUUACCAGUUCAUUUUCUAUAUACAGAAUCCAAUUUGUAUCUCAUCAAGAGAUUGCUGGAAACAAACUGAAAUGAUGAUGACUGAUUUAAAAGUCAA